GAAGGAGUGGGAAAGUAAAGGAACUUUGAGGUUUUCUAUGUUGUUUGAAACCGUCUACAGUGAGAACUUACUGAGGCACAGUGUGGCUUACAAGACAAAAUGGAAGAUGUGGGUGAGUAGUUGUGCCACUGCUUUUUGUCCCACCCACCAAGCCGUGCUCUGCCCUCCCGUGCUCCGGCUCUCCAAGACCGUUGUCCCCCCAGGGCUUAGCGUCAGCCCAGCAGGACGUCCCCAGGCAGCCACCGCCCAGGGCCCACCGCCAGUCAGAGAAGGAAAUGUUCACUCCGGGAAGGCUUCCUGGAGGUGGUGGGGUUUGGGCCUUGCAAGGUGGGGACGGUUUCAGCGGGUGGGAGGAGGGCUUCCGGGCAGGGGAGGCCGAGGUUGCGAACCUCCCUGAGCUCCGCAUCCGCCCCGAGCUGGGCUCCUGCCCUCGGAGGGCAACAGCAGCGGAGGAAGUGGCGCCAGCGGGAAUGGGUCAGGUUUGGAGAUGGGUCCGUGGGAUCCGAGCGAAGGUCACAGGGUUGACAGGGUGUUCGUUGGGCCGGAGCAGUGAAGGGAUUGACCCGGAGGCCCUCCUUCCCUGAGCUUUCGGUCGUGGGUGGGAAAACCGUCUGUCCAAGAGCCGUUUUGGUGUCUGCCUCACAUGGGAUCGAACACACUGGAACGGGCACGCGGGCAAGUGUGGCCUCACAGGACCGUGGUUCUGGGGCCGGGCCACAUCUCGGUUCUGACCACACCUUAGCCCAAAAAAGUCCUCGGCCCAGGCCCUCGGCUCUAACCCUGGUUCACCAAACUCCCCUCAAGCUUGGCACAGGCCAGGACAAGAGGCAAAGCGUCCCGCCCGCAGCAGCAUCCCGGCGCGUGUCUGUUCUAUGAACUUACAGAGGCGAGAGCGCGGUUCGGAGCGAUGCUUUGCGGAAAGAGACGGCUAGAGUCAGGGAAGCGACAGGAGGAGCGGGACGAAGCCCGAGGUGGUCAGAGGGGAAGCCCUUAGGGUUUCGGGACAGGCUGGAGAUGCAAGAAGAGCCCCAGGGGACUGUGCCUCGGGCCCAAGCCGCAGGAAGCCCCUUGCCCUCCACUGCCGGGUUGGCGCGGGGGAGGCUGCAGAGGGGGCAGAGGGCAGUUUGGGGUACGUUCAUGACGGGCAUCCCAGAGGGGACACUAGGCGGACAGCUGGACGUGAUGAAGCCACGGGCGGGAAGGAGGCUGAGCUAGAGUCAGCAGAGGUGGCGGGCUGCAGGCUCUCACCUUCCCACCCCUGCUGGCUUCCCCCAAACUCCCGCACCUUCCCCCACCUAGCUGGGAGGAGGGGGCCAGAAGCUGCUUCUGUAAGGACCUAUUUUACUGUCCCUGCUCCCCUCCCCCAGCGGACUUAAAAACAAGUCCCAGAAACCAGCUCCAGGUGUGAAGGCCAAGAAAAACAAGGCUGUACCCACCUGGAGUCUAGCCCGGACAUAAGUACAGCCAUCUUGGCAAAGCAAAAGCUGGCACCUUGCACUGUAAGUGUGGGUCAGCAUAAGAAUGGCCAUCCUGAAGGCCUGGAAGCCAUUUUACUGAGCGUCCCUAACCAGCCCACACUGCGGGGGGGGGGGGGGUAACUUGAGAUAAGAGAAAGUAGCUAAAACCUGGAAAAACAACUUAAUCGUAUACCACCAGGCCGGUUAGGUCAAUGGUGCCACAGGGACCACAGGGAUCACUUGCAGAGAUCACAAUCCUGCAAGACAGGAGUCUCCCUUGGUUUGCAAAUGUCCUGGUGAUUUACAACAAAAAGGGCUAUCUCUUCAAUGGCCCAAUUUCCAGAGACAAAUGGCUCAGUUUCUCAAGGCCUAAGGUCGCCCCAUAAAACUGAAGGAAAAAAAUUUUAAAUUUAAAAAAAUCCUUCUUAAAAAAAAAAAAAAAAAAAAAAAACUGAAGGAGGCUGAGGCAGGAGGAAAUGUAAAUAAAUUUCUUCUAAACCUAAAUCUCACUUAACUGCCAGGAUGGCUCCAGGGUGGCGCCGGGGUGGCAAAAGGUUAAACAAAGUUAAACUGUCCAAGUGGGGCACAGGAUAGGUACGUAGCCAUGAAGAAGUGCCUUGAAAAUGCUGUAUAAACCCUUGGCUCUGAGCGCUCGGGGUCCUUGUUGAAACUCGCUGCGCCGGGCGGAUACUUGGACCCCAGCUGGCUGGAAAUAAGCCUCGCUCUGUGACCGGCAUUAUCGAGAGUGUUCUCUGUCUAACUGAGGGGUGGUCGAUUCUGUACCCUAACACUUCCUAAGGAGAGACCAGGGACCCCUGGUUCUUCCCUCUCCCGCCCCUCGGGCUUCCAGGGCCUGCCCAGGUGGCUGCGGAGACACAGCGCUGGGGAAGGACCCUGAGCCGCGGCCCCGCUCACGGGCAGCACAGUUUCUGGUGCGGGGAGGACCUUGUCGCCGUGGCUUUGUCACGCAAGGAAGGGGGUCCACUGCCCUGUGUUGGCCAAGCCGGGGCAGACAGAAGAGGAAGUGGGGCAGGGGCGUGGAGAACACCGAGCCCCGCGGCUCCCCGGGGCCGCUCACACAUGAAAACUUCCUGCGGUGAGAACGGAAGCCCCGGUGCUGCCCCCGCCGCGCCCGCUGCCAGAGCGGGGGCCGGAGGGAAGCCAUGGACCGGCCCCGGGCCCCAGUCCUGCUGUCGGUGCUGCUGACGUUCUGCAUCACUGCUGGGACUCCUGAGGUGUGGGUGCAGGUUCACAUGGAGGCCGCCGCGGCCCCGACCUUCACCGUCCGCUGCGGAUUCCUGGGCUCUGGCUCCAUCUCCCUGGUGACUGUGAGCUCGGGGGGGCCUGAUGGGGCCGGAGGGACUAGGCUGGCCGUUUUGCACCCAGAAUUCGGCAUCCAGCAGUGGUCCCCGGUCCGCCGGGCCCACUGGGAGACCAAAACCAGCAUCUCCCUCGCUGUGGAAGAAGGCUCUGAGCGGAGAAGCUCCGGCGCUAACACCACCUUCUGCUGCAAGUUUGUUUCCUUUCCCGAGGGCUCCCAGGAGGCCUGCGGGAGCCUCUUCCUCAGCACAGACCAAGGGCUCCCUGCCCCGACGCCAGCUCCCAUGCUGCGGGCGGACCUGGCCGGGAUCUUUGGGGUGUCGGGGCUCCUCCUCUUUGGCUGUGUCUACCUCCUCCACCUCCUGCAUCGGCAGAGGCACUGGUCCGUCAGCAAGGCCCAGCCGCCCCUCGCCAGCCCCCAGCCACAGGCGCGAGCAAGGGCGGCCGGUCAAGUCCCCCUGGUCUCUCCGCGCGCGCCCUGCACCGCCGUCCCCGCCAGCCGCUACUGCCCGGCCACUCUGGACCUGGUGCCCCCGCGCCAGCCGCCGGCCCGCUGGGCACCCCUGCCCGCCUCGACUCGCAACAGCUUCGUCUCCGUGGAGAACGGACUUUAUGCUCCGGCCGGAGAGAGCCCUUUCCAAGCUGGCCCCAACCUGGUCCCUUUCCCGGACUCUCUGGGGCACAGGGCCGCGGAGGGGCAUUUAGGGGCGCGAUGAGACGGACCCCAAGCCCGCUUGGGCCUCCUCUCCCCUCCGACCUCUGGGACCCCCUGCUGGGGUCUGUGCCCCGGGGGCAGAUCGUCUUUGCACAUCUGGUUUUAGUCUCAGGCCUGCAGAAGUGUCUCCACACGCGCCCGGCCCAGGCCCCCUCGCUGCGGAUGUGGUCAGCAUGUGUGCACGUGUGGGUACAUGUGGGCACAUGUGUAUCUACGAGAGGUGACAAAAAUCCCAUCCCAGGUCGUUUCCUGUUUUCAAGUCCCCAGCCCUCACAGGUGAUGAGGAUAACUAAGUGAAAAAAAAUUAAAAAAGUGGUUUCUGA